UCUCGGUUGAAGGUGCACGCUCCAUGAAAACGACGGCGACCUCUUUUGUUAAAGAAGAAUUCUUAGAAAUUCUGUGUUUGUAUAAAUAAGAAUUAAAGAAAAGCCAAAGAAGUACAUAUUUUCUAAAAUAUAUACAAGAAGUAAAAUUUGGAAAUAAAGGCGAAAAAAUUAAGAAAAAUGCAAUUAUAUUUUUGAAUGAAAUUGAUGUAAAAGGAUUUUAUGAUUGUGUAUCUUGUAGUUUUCAUAUAAAUCGAGUGUGAUUGUGUGUGUUUUGGUGUAGAACAUUAAAUAAAAAAUCCGUCUAAAUGAGGAUGGCAGCCACAGCUGCCGUCUACAAUCGGCUCCACAAUACAAGUGUGGGUGUGGUUGGAGGCGGCCUUAGUACUGGACCAGCCGGUGGAGUAGGUGGCGGAGGUCUGGGUCACCAUCAUCAGCUGGCACGUUCUCUAGAACGCAUUCUAGAGGAGGCCCAUCUUAGUGGAGAACUCAUAUUGACCAAUAGGAAAUUGAAAGAUUUUCCAAAAACUGGUACCAAAUUUAAUCUCCACGAUACAGUCAUUGCAGAUUUAUCCCGCAACCGAUUUUGUGAAUUGCCGGAAGAAAUUACCACAUUUUCAUUUCUUGAAACGCUGUUACUGUACCACAACACAAUACGCAGCAUUCCGGAAUCGGUGAAACAUUUGACUUCGUUAACAUACUUGGACUUGCGCAGCAAUCAGUUGUCCUCAAUGCCGCGUGAAAUAUGCUUCCUACCCCUGCAAGUAUUACUAGUGUCAAAUAAUCGCUUGACAGCGCUACCGGAUGAAUUGGGUCGCAUGGAUCGUUUAACCGAUUUGGAUGCAUCAUACAAUCAGCUGACAACAUUGCCAGCACGCAUUGGUGAAUUACGUUCGCUGCGAUCGUUUUCUUUGCGUAGCAAUCAAUUGAUGUACUUACCUCGAGAAUUAACCUGUCUAACAUUGGUUUCAUUGGAUGUAUCGAAUAAUCGCAUUUCUAGUCUACCUCUUGAAAUUCGUCAAAUGUCGACGUUGGUUGAAAUAAAUCUUGAAAAUAAUCCUAUGACUUCACCGCCAGCUAGUCUCUGUGUUCGUGGUUUGGUGCACGUCUUUAAAUAUUUAGAAACUCAAGCAACCAAAGAAGAAAAAGGCUCCCGAGCAGGAGGAAAUUAUGAUGGUUACACCACUUUGAGGCGAGCACCACGUAACAAUUCCAAUGGCAAUGUUUUAGAGACACAUCGUGUAGCCAGACAUCAUGUGGAUUCCGGUUACAGUACAUGUGAUGGCAUUGACAAGCGUUGGUCGCACGAUAUGCCCCUGAAAUCAAAAAAUGAAUCUCCUAAACGUAUGACACCUACAACACCUCCAUUACCAAAGGCAUCAUUGCUGAAUGCUGAUCUCAUGGAUGCAUCAUUAACUUCGAGUACAAGCACCAUAGUCGAUGAAUCAAUUAGUGUAACAGCUGCUGUUGUCAAACCCUUAAACAUGGAAAGUCAGUCUACAAGUGAUUUGAGCUGUUCGCCAAUCAAAAGGAAAGAGGAGAGUAAUUUAAUGCAUUUACAACAACAACACCUCAAUUAUGCCCACAACAAUUCUAGUUCGAGUAGUGGUUCUACUCCCGAUUUAGAUGAUGGCAUCACAAUGGUCGAUCACAAUCCACAGCAACAACUAAAUGGUAAAAUCGAUGAUAAGGUCAACAAAAAUUUAGGAAAUAUACAAACUUAUAGGGAAUAUAAAGAAGCCUUAAAACAGCAACGUAGCCAAGAAGUCUACAAGUUAAAGGAACAAAAACAUGUUUAUGAUGUCAGUGAAACUCCCUCUCCACAGCCAAGCGAAGAUAUGGAAAUACGCUUGAAUGGUAAUGCGCAAAGCGCACCAGUGCCAAAAUCCAUAAUGAAAAAUAGUGCCAACAAUGCAAAUGCUACAUUAAAUGGUAGCAGUGUUAGUGUUAGUGGGGUGGGCAACAUUGUCGUCAGCAGCAAUGGUUGCAUCGAGGAGACUGUAGUUAUACCAAAGAAACCCAUACAAAAAGUUAUACCCUCUAGAAAUACCGAACUAAUGUCUUCAACGAAACAUGCUGCAAACGAUGUCCUAUCGACAGUUACAACAAAUGGCGACUGUAUUGGUUAUGUCAAACCGAGUAGUCCUAUGAAAACCCUAAAUGGUGGUAGCGUUGUUAGUGGUGGCAAUGGACUAACGGGUCUGGGAGUUGGCAUAUUAACGAAUAAUAAUAAAUUUACAACAACAACGAUGACGACAACAACAACAUCAACGACACCAGGAAGUAUGAAGUCACCAGUUGGCAAUAACAGCAACAAAAUAAUAACUGGCAAAGCUCAUCGAACUGUUACUUGGAAUCACGACAUACCGCCGGAGAAAUUAAGUUUUACAAUGCGUCGGGAAUUCGAUCGUCAAAGAGAGGAAAUUGAAUUAAUGACACAAUUACGCAGUAUUAUUGAAACUCGAUUAAAAAUGACUUUACCAGAUGAUAUUGCAUCCGCUUUAACUGAUGGCGUUAUAUUGUGCCAUUUGGCUAAUUAUGUGCGACCACGUUCGGUGGCCAGCAUUCAUGUACCAUCUCCGGGAGUAUCAAAACUAACUAUGGCUCGUUGCCGUCGUAAUGUGGAUAAUUUUUUAGAAGCUUGUCGUAAAAUUGGUGUUGAUGAGGAGUUGAUUUGCUCCUGUGCAGACGUCAUACCACUCUCUGCAACUGAUGCGGAUCAUGAUAAUGACGACAUCCUAACAUUAGAGGACAACAACGAAAGCAAACUAUAUCGUAACAAUAACAAUUGUAUAGAUGCAGAUACUGAGGCCAAAAGUAAUGAAGAACUAGAGCAACGGAAAAUUUUGCCAAAUCCAUCAGCUGUGUUGAAAACUGUGGCUGCAUUAAUUGCAAUGGACUACAAUCCUCAACAUCAAAAUAUAAAAAACUUGCAACAGCAACAUGAAUUCCAAAUGAAAUUACAAGAGUUUCAAAAUCAUCAACAAGUGUCACAACAUUUUGAGGAGUAUAAAAAACAAAACUUUUAUAUGAAUAAAAAACCAGAUUUAAGCAAUCAACGUCGUUGUAUGCUGCUGGAAAACCAUGAAUCAUUGCUUGAGGAGGAAGAGAAUGAGGAGGAGAGUAGAGUAAGAGGUGAAGAUGGAGAAAUACAGGAAUUGAUUAAAGAAGAGCAAAACAAAUUAACUGCAACCUGCACCAAAGAACAGAUGAUGAUGGAAUUACAAAAUUCCAAUUAUGAUAAGUUUGAUCAUUAUGAUAAUAAUUUAAACAGUGGUGGCGUUGGUGAUGACUAUUAUGGCGGUGGUCAUGAGGCAGACAACUGCUACAGCAAAAAUGGUCACAAUAAUGCCAGCAGCUGCAACAAUGAAAGAAAACAGAAACAUGUUGGCUCUUCCACAACAACUUUAAGUGUUGGCAAUCUGUAUCGUCAUUGUAAAUUGAAAACAUUUCAAAAAAUCAAAUUAAAUUUGAUUACACAUCACGGCAAUACUGGUGUUGGUGGUGGUAGUAGUCAUUGCUCCUCCUCCUCCUCUUCGUUGUUGUCAUCCUCAAUGGACGCCAACACGUUACAGACAAUUGUAGAAACCGAUAAUGAUGUAAUUACUGGCAAUACAUUGACGUCCUCCAAUACUGGUUUAUAUCAAAUUAUCGAUGAGAAAUAUAAAAUCAAAGAAACUUCAGCAACAUCUGCAGCCAGUACAAACAUUAUGAAAUAUAAACUAUUCGACUUGUCUUCAAUGGAAAAACCAUGCGAACAGUCUCCAACAACUUUGUCCUCCACACCAACAGCUCAGCCCACAGAUGAUAUAGCAUCAGCUGCAACCAUCAACAAUACAGUAUCGAAACGUAUUGAGUUCUUUGAACAUGCCAAUAUACCAAAUGGUGGCAUAAUUAAACCCAAAUCAAACAUAUACAGUAUUUAUCGCGUUAGCGAAAAUAUGGCGAUCGAAGAUGAGAAACUUGUUAAGAAUGUUGUCAAACUAAAAGAAGCUGGAUCUUUAAAAUCAACGGCAGCAGCAUCAUUCCUAUUAAGACACGAUUCCCAUACACUAACGAUCAUACUGUCGUGCGUUUUUAUUGUGACAUUUUUGCUGUUGGUCUUCUUUCCACUGCCAGGCUAGAACAUCUUGAAGGCGUUUUUCUAGAUAUUGUAUAUUAGUUUAAGUAAACACACAUACAUAUUUAUUAUAUUAAACUUGGCCAACCUCCAAACCCUUUCCUUACAUUCCUCUAAUACGUAAUUGCCAUU